AUGAGGAAAAACUGCGAACUCUGCAAACUUCCGGCUAGAACUUUCUGCGAGUCCGACCAGGCUAGCUUAUGCUGGGACUGCGAUUCUAAGAUCCACAGUGCAAAUUUCCUUGUUGCCAGACACGUGAGGACUCUCCUCUGUCACCGGUGCCAGUCUCCGACGCCGUGGAAAGCCUCCGGUGCUAGGCUUAGUAACGCGCUUUCUUUGUGCGAAACGUGCGCUCGCGGUGGUGGUGGGAGAAAAUUGGAAGGUGAACAGGAGGAAGAGAGUGAAGGUGAGAAUGAGGAGGACGAUGAGGUUGAUACUGAUUUUGAUGAGGAAGAGGAGGAGGAAGAUGAGGUUGAUGGUGAUGAGGAUGGUGAUAAUCAGGUUGUUCCUUGGUCGUCUACGGCGGCGCCGCCUCCGGCUUCGAGUUCCUCCGGUAGCGAAGAGUCGGUUAGUAAGUGUAACGAUAACGAUGACGAGGUUGUUUCAAAGUUAGUUACAACAAACUUUAUUUCCUUGAAACGAGGUCGUGAGGAGGAUCGUGAUUUUCAGGCUUCAGAUUCGAAAAUUUGCGUAAAUCAACGUAGGUACGGUGCUGAGAGGAGGAGAUACGACGGAGAGUCCUCGUCGAAGGCGUCGAUCCGGCAAGAAACUGACGGAAAAGGACCGGAGAAUUCUCAGCCGCACGAUUGA